GUAGGUAUUCCGUAUUAGUCCAAAUCAGUCCAACUGUAUUAAAUAUAAGUCAGUUAUUUAAGUAUAAUAGAUUAGUUUAAUUUAAUUAAAUAUUUGGCGAUAAUAUACUUAUAAAGAUUAACAUUCCUUUUGAACUGUCUUCGCAGUACUUGUAGGAUUUGCGCAAAAGCUGAUGGUAACUGGUGAAACGUAUUAUUAAUACAAUAUAUUAUUGAAAUGAAUAUACAAAGAAUUUUACCCAAAAUACAUGGCUUCAUUUCAAAUUUAAAUACUUUUGCACCACUGUCUCAUACAAUACGGCUACAACAUGAUAAGGCUAAUAUCAAUGAACACAGAGCUAAAGUCAUGGCCCGAGGCUUGCCAGAGAAGAAACCAUUACCUGGAGUAAAAAGCAUUAUUUUGGUAGCUUCUGGAAAAGGCGGUGUAGGAAAAACUACUACAGCUGUGAAUCUCGCAUGUGCAAUGAAAGUGAUAGAGCCAGAUAAAGAGAUAGGGCUGCUGGAUGCGGAUGUGUUUGGUCCCUCCGUGCCUCUCAUGAUGAAUAUCAAUGGAGAGCCGAUGCUCAAUGAUGAUAAUCUGAUUGAGCCGCUACUCAAUUAUGGUGUUAAGUGCAUGUCAAUGGGUUUGCUGGUAUCUGGGGAGAAUGCGGUAGUGUGGCGAGGUCUCAUGGUGAUGCAGGCGCUGGAGAGGCUCACGAGGAACGUAGCGUGGGGACCGUUGGACUGUCUGGUUGUGGACACGCCCCCGGGGACGGGGGACACGCACCUGUCGCUCGCACAAAACUUGCCUAUUGAUGGGGCCAUCGUUGUAACGACGCCUCAGUCAGCAGCGUUACAAGUAACAAAACGCGGUUUGAAUAUGUUUGAAAAGCUAAAAGUUCCUAUCAUUGGUCUAGUCGAAAACAUGUCUCAUGCAAUUUGUCCCAACUGCGGCACUCGAAACUUCAUAUUCGGCAACGAAACCAAACAGACAGCUAAAGAAAUGGGCCUCGAGAUUAUAGAGAGCUUCGAGGUCGAUCCAGACAUGUCUGAAUGCAUAAAUAGCGGGAAACCAGCCAUCUAUGCCCUCCCAGACAGCAUCCACGCAGAGAAAUAUAGACACCUAGCCAAUACAGUGUUCAAAUAUAUAUCCGAUAAGGACAAUGCAGAAGCAACCGCUUCUAAGUAGUGAAUGAAAAAUGUGUAGUUGUUGAAAUUGUGUUUAUUAUUAUAUAUUUUACAAAUAAAUCUGUUAUAUAAAA